UGAGAAAUACAAGGGUGGGUGACUUACAAAACCUCAGUUAAUCAAAAGCCUGUGUCAGAGCAGCCAAAGAGGUAGGAGCUGCACAAUGAAGUUCCACAUCUUAUCUAUACUUUUCCUGGUGUUGACCAUGGAGUCAGAGUGUUCUCUGAAGGACAGUUUCUUUAUCUCAGCCCCUCGAGUGUUUCAUGUAGGUGUUCAUGAGAAAGUGUUUGUCCAGAUGGGAGAGGCUCAUCUUAAUAAUCCUGUUACACUCUACCUGGAGCAUGAAUUGAAAGGUACUGUUGUGUCUGAGAAGAAAACUGUUGUGUGUGCUUCAGAAGGGGAGAUCAAAACAGUUGAGCUAAUGAUACAAAGAGACCUGAUGUCAGCGUUGCCUCAACGUAAUGAUGGGCCGUCCUACCUUUUGCUAAUCGCAGAGAGCCCCACCUUUAGGGAAAGGAAACAAACAAAAGUCCUGAUAUCGAAAAGCAGGGGCAAUAUCUUCAUCCAGACUGAUCAGCCAAUUUACAAUCCAACACAGACAGUGAGAUAUAGAAUAUUCACUCUUGACCACACAUUCAGACCUCAUGCAGGAGUGUUCCAGAUAUCAGUUAUUAAUGCUGCUGGAAACAGAAUAAUGAAGUCCCUUAAGGCUUCAAAAGGAGGAAUAUACAAGGGCACAUUUCCCAUACCUGAUGUCUCGAAAAUGGGCACAUGGAAGAUUACUGCACAUUAUGAAGACGAUGAAGCACAUCCUGCCUCCCGAGAGUUUAAAGUCCAAAAAUUCGUGUUACCCAGUUUUGAAGUGAACAUUGAAAUGAAGCAAAGAUAUAUUUUGUUGAAUGAAGAACAUCUUAACUUCACCAUCUCAGCCAAGUAUACACAUGGUGAGAUGGUUAAAGGGGCUUACCACUGUCAGUUUGGAGUGGUAGGAAAAGGUGCAACCCAUGGUCAAAAAAUGAAGCCUAACUUUAUCAGAGGACUGGAGAUGACUGGUUCGGUCCAGGGUGGAGCUGCAGACGCUUCUCUGAAGAUAGCAGACUUAGAUUCGCACCUCCAAAAACAGGAGAGCUCCCUCUCAAAAUUACUGCAAAUGGGAUCGCAAAUCUACUUGGCAGUAUUUGUCACCAACAUACAAAGUGGUGAAAUUCAGGAGGCAGAAGUUUACCUUCCUGUCAUCUCCCACAAAUACACCAUAGAUCUCUCACGAACUCGCUCACAUUUCCUCCCUGGAUAUCCGCUAGAUGUUGUGGCUCUUGUGCGUCACCCAGAUGGCUCCCCAGCAUCUGGUGUGCAAGUACAGAUUCGUGUAUCAGCUUUGGUGGAAGCUUGGGAUGGUACCACUAACCAGGAGGGGGCAGUGUUUCCUGUGUUUAAUAUUCCCACUAUAGAUCGGAUUACUGUUGAGGUUUCAGCAGAUGACCUUAAACAGAGCAAAGUAAUACCACCUGCUUCGUCUCCGAGUGGCAGCUACCUGUACCUGAGUUUUCCCAACAGGGUGUACUCCGUGGGGGAAUCAGUAACUGUAGAUUACAACACCAACUCUGGUCAACAGAAUGGGUUUAUAUACUAUAUGGUCUUAAGCCGUGGGAUCCUACUAAGAACGGGUUCUUACAGAAUUGGUACUUCAGUUAGAGGCCAAUUGCAAAUAACGUCCGAUAUGGUACCAUCCUUUCGCCUGAUUGGCUACUACUUUCACCAGAAUGGUAACAUCAUUGCUGACUCGGCAUGGGUCGAUGUCAGGGAUGAAUGUGAGAUAAACGUCAAGGUGGAACAAAAAGGACCAUUUAAACCUGGAAAACAAUCUGUGUUAGAGUUUGACUUACAUGGCCAGAAAGCCAGAGUGGCUUUGCUCGCUGUAGAUAAAGCCAUCUAUGCACUCCAUGCAGAUAAUAAACUCACCACCAAACAGGUUUUCUCCUCUAUGCAGUCACAUGACCUUGGUUGCUCAUACAGUGGAGGACUUGAUCCUGCGUCUGUACUAACUGAUGCUGGCCUGUCUUUUGUAACUCAGUCCCAAUCAAAGUGGAAAAGCACUCUUGGCUGUGAUUCACAAUCUACACGGCCGCGACGCUCUGUGGAUCUUCAACAGGAAAUUAUGACCUUAAAAUCAAACUUUUCCGAUGAAAAAUUGCAAGAAUGUUGUGUUCAUGGGUUUUCUAUCAUCCCCAUGAAACGAACAUGUCAGGAAAGACUACAGAGAGUCUCUCUGUUGGAACCAAAUCCUCUUUGUGUAGAUGUCUUUUUCAAAUGCUGCCUGGAAGGGGAGCGUCUGAGGCGAAAAAAGAUACAAGAGGAUGCCCGGGAAGGACUUGGCAGGACUGCAAGUAGAGAAGAUAUUGAAGAGUUCUUCUUGGACACGGCUGCUCAGUACAUUCGACGAUUCUUCCCCCCAAGCUUUGCAUUUACAGAAUUUGAUGUAAAUGGAAAUGGAAGGUAUUCUUUGGCUCUUCCUGAUUCCAUAACUACGUGGGAGAUUCAGGUCAUCACUUUGUCUGCAAACACUGGUUUCUGUGUAGUUCAGCCAUCUGAGCUCAGAGCAUUUAAGGAUCAGUUUGUGUCUCUGAGACUGCCGUACUCAGUGAGGAAAUAUGAGCAACUGUCUAUUUCACCUGUUAUCUACAAUUAUGGCGAUGAGACGCUCCAGGUAGCAGUUCAUAUGGAGCAAACUGAGGGACUUUGCUCCCCCGGUUCAGCAACUGCUGCAUCUUUUGUUAACAUUACUGUGGAGCCACAGUCCUCCCAGUUUGUCUCCUUCUCUGCUGUCCCCAUGGUAAUAGGCUCAAUACCCAUCAAAAUACGACUUUACGAUAUGAAGAAUGAAUUUGGUACAGACGCAAUUGAGAAGCCUUUGAAUGUGUUGACAGAGGGCCUAGAAAUGACAACAGAAAAAACUCAUGUGUUUAAAUUAGAUGGAAGGAGCACAAAGAAUGUAAUUAUUGAUGGAUCUUUACCUGAUGACACAGUCCCUGACUCCAACUCCAAUAUUUUCGCUUCAGUGGAAGGAGAAGGAUUUGGCAGUUCACAUGUGAAAAACCUUCUUUCUCCUGAGAAGAUUGCUCGCCUGAUUCAAUUGCCAACAGGCUGUGUAGAACAAACAAUGACAAAACUGGCUCCCACAGCUUCAGCCCUCCGCUACCUUGACCUGACUGACCAAUGGUUUGACCUGCCUGCUGGUUCCAGAGAUGAUGCUCUUGAUAAAAUAGAACAUGGUUUUAUGAGGAUUACAACUUUCAAGAAUAAAAGGAAUGGAUCUUAUCCUCCAUUUGCUUCAGUGACACCAAGCAACUGGUUGACUGCCCUUGUAGUGAAAGUGCUAUCACUGAUAGCGGAACGUCAAGAAGCGGCCUCUGGACAGCAAGGCAGGAAAGCUCAAGUGGUACCAGUAGAAGAGAUCAGGGACCCAGUCAAUUACUUGCUUUCAGCACAGGAGACUGAUGGGUCAUUCAGUGAGACACAACGAAUGCUGCACAGAGGAGUUCUGAAAGGGAAUGACCAAAAAGCAUCCAUGGCGGCUUUCGUAGCUCUUGCACUUCAUCGGUCCCUUCCAUUCCUGCAAACCAAAGAGACAAGUAAUGUGGAAGCGAGCAUUUCAAGAUCAACAACAUAUCUCCUUUCACACCUUGAGGAGCUUCAGCAUCCUUAUGCUGUUGCCAUUACAGCCUACUGCCUCGCAGUUUGCCUGGAGACAAAUCAUUCAAAUGCCUGGACAAAACUUCAAGCAAUGGCUAAGGAAGGGGAGGGUGGCUGUUAUUUGUGGACAAGUAAUGCCAACCCGAAAACUGUAGAUGCUAUCACAGUACAGACUACCGCCUAUGCCCUCCUAGCUGCAGUGGAACUUGGCCACACCGAGUGGGCAGACAAAGCAGCCUGCUGGUUGACCAGUCAGGAGAACUUUCAUGGAGGCUUCCAGUCAUCACAGGAUACCAUCAUUGCACUGGAAGCUCUUGCAGAGUAUGAGAUAAAGAGGCUUGCCAGUCCCGAAACAAAUCUGAUUACAGAAUUCACAGUCCUGGGAAAAAGUGACAUUGUAAGGCUUGAAUUGCAAGGACAGGACAGGAUCGAAACAAGCCUUAAGAAAUUUGUAGGGAACAACAUUAUUGGACAAAUGACAGGAACAGGCAAUUUCAAGAUAAAAGUUUUAAAAUCUUACCAACUAAUGGAACCCAAGGACGAUUGCAAGCAAGUGUCUAUCAGGGUGACAGUGGAGGGGAAGGUGAAGUACACUGCUGAUGUCAUAGAAAAUUAUGACUACUAUGAUUACUAUGGUAACAACGAGGAUGCAGAGACACGAGUGCCACGAUCAGCAAUUGAGUGGUUUGAUGCUCGUACCCGAAAUAGGAGAGAUCUUGUUAGCAAUACAGUUUCAGAUGAGACUGUAACCUACAAAGUCUGUGUCAGUCAUAGCCUGAACAGAAAUCUCACAGGAAUGGCCAUUGCUGACAUAACACUUCUGAGUGGAUUUAAGGCUGAAACUCAGGACCUGGAUAUGCUAAAAGCGGAGCCUGAACGAUACAUUUCCCAUUAUGAGGUCUCCCAUGGAAGAGUGGUGCUCUACUUCAACGAGCUCUUUAAUUCAGAGGAAUGCAUUAGUUUUGAUGCUAGACAGGAAGUACCGAUUGGCCUCCUCCAGCCAGCUCCAGCUGUGUUCUAUGAUUAUUAUGAACCACAAACAAAGUGUACCGUGUUCUACUCUGCCCCCCAAAGAAGCAAGAUGGUCUCCAAACUGUGUUCAGAGGAUGUGUGCCAGUGUGCAGAGAGACCCUGUCAUAAAAUGCAAAGUGCAUUGCGGACAUCAAGAAGAAUCACAUUAUAUAACCGUUUACAGCAUGCUUGCUUCUUCCCUACAGUAGAUUAUGCAUAUAUUGCUGAAGUCAUCAAUGUUUCCAUGAAGAGUAACUUUGAGCUGUACCAAGUGAAUAUAAAGGAUGUGCUCAGAUCACAUGGUGAUGCCCUCGUGAAUGAGAAUUCUGUUCGAGUGUUUGCUAAGAGGCGUCACUGUAAAGAAUCGUUAGACUUGGGAACACAGUAUCUCAUCAUGGGCAAAGAUGGUUUCACAACUGACUCCAAUGGAAUGAUGCAGUAUCUGCUGGAAUCGAACACCUGGGUUGAAAGAAAGCCUUUGGAUAAAGAAUGUAGAACACCUUUGCGUAAAGCUGCCUGCAGAGGGUUUACUACAUUUGUAAAUGACUACAAGGUCGAUGGCUGCAGACAGUGAAACAGCCUGCCAGACAGAUCUGUUACAUGUAAUCUUUCACUCUUUUCUUUUUACUGUAGCUCAGUUAUUGUAGUUUCCCAUGAGAUGCGCAGUCAUCUGAGAGCUCCUUUUUACUUUUUAUAAUCAUGGAAGUAUAAUAUUAAGUAUUAAUCAUUUUACUAAAUUGUACUACUCACAGUGUAAGCAUUAAUCAUUUCUUUAUGUCCAAUACAACUACCAGUGCUUAAAAAAGCUCCUAAUGUUGUCUGGCAAUAGCCUUUGUAUGUGUAUAACUGGUUGAAGCAAUGAAUGGAUGCUUAAAUGGCAUUAAACACAGAGAGAAAAAAAAGAGUGCAUCCGCAAACAAA